AUGUCACCGCCAACUGUGAUCGUCUUCGGCCCAACAGGCGGCGUCGGCUCCGCGGCUGCCCUCAGCGCCCAUAAGCACAACGCAAAGGUCAUCCUCGCCAUGCGCGACACCACCAAGUCCAUCCCCGGUCUCACUUCGGAGCAAGAAACCACCGGCAACUUUGAGAGGGUCCAGGCGGACCUAACCUCGCCAGAAAGCAUCCACAACGCCGUCACAAAAACCGGCGCCAAGCACGCAUUCAUCUACGUCGCUUUUGGCACGACUGAUGGAAUGCGCGCGAGCAUCGAAGCGCUCAAGGGCGCUGGGAUCGAGAAGGUCGUUUUUCUAAGCAGCAUAAGCGUGAGCAUGCAUGGGGACGUCGACGCCGUCCCACAGACCGACUUUAUUGCGUUUACGCAUGCGCAGGUGGAGGUGAAUUUGCGGGAUGUUUUCGGGGAGGACGGGUAUGUGGCUGUUCGGCCGGCCUUUUUCGCUAGCAAUUCAUUGGGGUGGAGGAGUGGGGUUCUGCAGGGAGAGGUCAAGCAGGCGUAUCCCGAGGCCAGGUUUGAUUUUAUCGCUCCGGAGGAUAUUGGGAGUGUCGCUGGGGUGCUUUUGGUGAAGGGGCUGCCGGAGGGUGAAGAUGGGAGCAAGAAGAAUGUUGUCGGUCUUGUCGGACCGGAGAACAUGUCGAUUAGGGAGGCCGUUGGUGUGAUUGGCAACGCCGUUGGCAAGGAAGUCAAGGUCACCAAGGUGGAUGAGCAGGAGGCACUGCAGGAGAUGACGGAGAAUGGGAUGCCGGAGCCUGUGGCGAAGACCCUGCUUGUUCAGUUGCGCCUGCAGGAGGAAUCUGGGAGUUUCUCCAGUAUGCCGGGGUAUGAGGAGGCAUCAGCGAAUAUUCAAAGGUACACUGGGAGACCGCCGUUGCGCUUCCAUGAAUGGGUGGAUUUGAACAAGGAAAAGUUCCUUGCUUGA